ACGGGGGUGAAUUGGUGGUGCAACAACAUUUCCAGUAACAGCUUUCCAUAUCGGGAAGCCAGCGAGGCUGACAGCUCGCAAACUACGCUCACUUUUCCCCAGUUGGAUUGUUUUCCAGGCAAAUAAGUGGGAAUACGUCGUUUCAGCAUGGAGUUAAAGAGGAUGUCUCUCGUCCUGUUUAUUUUAGGAAAUGUUGCGGCUGCCAUCGCUCUCUCUGGAGCUGAUAAGACAACAGGCGAAAAUCUUGACUGUACCAACGACCUGACAGAAAUGUCAUGCGACUUUGAAGCGCAAAACUGCACUGAAUACAGUUUAACUCUCCGGAACAAUGAGGGACAUGGGGAGGAGCAUUGCAGUUUCAAGCAGUGCAACAAUGGACGGUGUUGUUGCUCUACUAAAAUGAUACUUAUUCUGGGGGAGACUCAUAAAGCAACAGUUUGGAAAGGAGAUGAAAACAUGGGGUCCAAAACCAUCAGCGUCACUGACAGCACAAAGCCCAGAGUUCCAACAAUCACCUCAGUGAAAGAAUCCAAUGGGAAUUUUCAAGUCAAGUGGAAGACAAACAUGGAAGGCAUUGUCAAUGAGAGCUUGAUGGCCAAUGUGACUUAUCACAUAAAAGGAGAAACAGAAAAGGUAUCUGAAUCUGUCAGACCAACUAUAGUUGAUGGACUGAGUUACUAUGAAAUAGCUGGUCGACGCUUACACCCAAGUACAACAUAUGUGGUCAGCGUGAAAAGCUACUUAAACUGGAGUGGCCUCUACAGCGACGGGAGUGAAGAGUGGGAAUUCACGACCCCUGUGUCCUCUGAUGGGUCCUCUGAUCUUUUGGCUAUCAUCGUCAGCCUCAGCCUUGCUGCAGUCAUCAUCAGUGGUGCAAUAUAUGGCUGUUAUGUAAAGUUCAAAGCAAUGUGGUGGGACACAGUCACCAAAUGCCCAAAUCCAAAACUUCUUAAUAUGCAUCCAAGUGAUCAUGAGGUCUUGAAGCCUCUGGAACCUGUCAUGUCCACUGUCUGUGUUGAGCCCCUUGUUUCAGAAGACAGUAACCCAUGGUCGAAGGAGUCACUGACAGACACUAGCAGUGGGAGCUCUCGGGAAAGCAGUGGAUUCAGCACCGGCUCCUCUUCUCUCAGUUAUGCGAACACAGACUCUGCUAUGAUUAAAGCCAGUGUUCAGGAUGCCCUUGGCAAAGCCUUCGCCAACAUAAGUCCGAUAUCACCUUUCAACCCACUUACAGACAGUGGUUUAUUCUCCACUUCCUCCAACCUUUGUGAAGUCAGAGCUGAUGACUUGAGCUCUGGAUCAUCUGGCAUAGACAACAAAACUUAUUCCAUCAUCAUUCCCAGCCUCCCACACCAGAUUAUGGCAGACAGCUCAGAGGUCCAGACACAAGCUAAAAUGCCUUGUGACUCUGCAUACCAUCCUAGUGAAGGUGACACUGUGACCAGUGCCGACCAACAGCUACCACCGUGUCUGCUUGUUAAUUUAGCACCAGUAGUUUCAUCUUCUAUGCCAACAGAUAUGUCCUAUCAGCAAUGCAAUGCAGAUUCUGCCAGAUUUUCACAUGCAGAAGACUCCAGUCUGUCCUCCUUCUCUAGUGGUACCAACACUACUGCUUCAUGCAAUCCUACGUCCAGAGUUGAGGCCUGGUCUGAGCACUCUGAUGCUGUGGUCAGUGGUGCCACAAAUUUAAAUGGAAAAAUCGAAGAGGCCAUUGUAUGCGAUGAGAAUCCCUGCUACUUUCCUACAGUGGAUGACGACUAUCAGGCAUUUCAAACUCUGGUGGAGCAGCCUGAUAUUUCGCUUUCGAUAAAGCAAAGUGAUGAGGAAGAGGAACAUUUACACAAAUGUCCAGAGGAGUCAUUCACAAUGACACCGCAAAGUUUCCACAGCACAGAUGUUCCAGAUUUCACUGACACUGUCAAAGGAGACUUCUGUCUAUCUGAGCUCCAAAGACCUUUCCUCCCCUGCUUGACCUCUACCAACCAGUCUAUGCCUGUGAUCACAGAGAGCGGCUAUCAAAGUGUGUAGCAGUGAAUUUUUAAUGUUGUUUGCUUCUCAAUGUUAUAAACAUUGUUUAGAAAUGUAGAACAGAAGAGAAAGAAGAUGAUGAUAUAAUAGACUGAAUGGUGCUCACAUCUGUAAUAUGCGGUAGCUUUUCCUGAGCCCUGUGUGUGUGUUUUAUUUGCAGCAGCAACUCAAAGAAAACACUUGCUUACACAUUCAUUUGUUUGAUUGUAACCCUGUAUGACUGCCUUAAAUGAUGAGUCACCCAAGUGUGUACAUAGAAUCAUUCAUGUAAAGUUUAUGUGAAAAACAGAAUGUACCUUUUUUGAAUUUUAAAUGUGUGCUUGUCACAAAUGCUUGAACACAACAGCUGCAGUCACCUUGUGUAUAUGACAUGUCUUAUUCAUCUAAGGUCAGGUAAGGUAAGGUCAUUUGAUUAAAUGGAAAUGGCUCUUAGAAAAUGCAUUUAUGAAAUAUUGUAUAAAACUGAGAGGAACGCAGUUAGUUAGUUGGUUUGUUUCAUAAAAGAAAAUUUCAUCAGAACUGAAGAAUCGUUGCAUCUGGAACAAGCCACAGCAAUCAUGUAACAUGCUGAAUUUACUUCCUUAUAGCUCUUCUGUGGAACUGCUGAGCCACUUCCACAGAAACACAUCAUCCUUACGCAGUAGAUUGUACUUGUCACAGCAAAUACAAGUAACUCAAUGGAACCUGGUUCUAUUAUGUAAAGAACUGAAAUAUUAUUUAAAUACAUUUUUUGGAUCUCAA